UCAGAUAGGUGAGGGAGGGUAGACUAGAGCUGCGCACUGCGCGUGCGCGAAGGGCACCGUGACGUGCGGGCCCGCGCGGUGUGUAGAUGCGGCGGACCCGUUCCCGGUAGCCGCGCAUGUUAUAAAUGGCGCCGAAGCAGGACCCUAGGCCUAAGUUCCAGGAGGGUGAACGUGUUUUGUGUUUUCAUGGGCCACUCCUAUAUGAAGCAAAGUGUGUGAAAGUUGCUGUUAAAGACAAGCAGGUGAAGUACUUCAUUCACUACAGCGGGUGGAAUAAAAACUGGGAUGAGUGGGUACCAGAAAGUAGAGUACUCAAAUACGUGGACACUAACCUGCAAAAACAAAAAGAACUUCAGAAGGCCAAUCAGGAUCAGUAUGCAGAGGGGAAGAUGAGAGCAGCCGCUCCAGGAAAGAAGUCAGCUGCACUUCAGCAGAAGAAUGUGGAAGUGAAAACCAAGAAAAAUAAGCAAAAAGCCCCUGGGAGUGGAGAGGGCACCAGUACCAGCGAUGCUCCUCAGCCACCACGAAAGAAACGGGCGCGAGUGGAUCCCACUGUAGAGAAUGAGGAAACUUUUAUGAAUAGAGUUGAAGUUAAAGUAAAGAUACCCGAGGAACUGAAACCCUGGCUUGUGGAUGACUGGGAUCUCAUUACACGCCAAAAACAGUUGUUUAAUCUGCCUGCCAAGAAGAAUGUGGAAACUAUCCUUGAAGAAUAUGCUACCUACAAGAAAUCCAGAGGGAACACUGACAACAAGGAAUAUGCAGUGAAUGAAGUUGUGGCAGGUAUUAAGGAAUACUUUAAUGUUAUGCUGGGCACACAGCUCCUGUACAAGUUUGAGCGUCCUCAGUAUGCGGAUAUCUUGGCAGAUCACCCUGAUGCCCCUAUGUCCCAAGUCUAUGGUGCUCCACACCUGCUACGCCUUUUUGUUCGUAUUGGAGCAAUGUUAUCAUAUACUCCUUUGGAUGAGAAGAGUCUGGCCCUGCUGCUGAACUAUCUGCAUGACUUUCUGAAGUAUUUGGCCAAAAAUUCCUCCACAUUGUUCAGUGCCAGUGACUAUGAGGUUGCACCCCCUGAAUACCACAGGAAGGCUGUAUAGUCUCUAUAUUGACCAUUUCUGCUCCAGAUGUAGCAGCGAGUGUCCCAAGGCUUGCUUGCCAUCGUCCUAGUGUGAACUUGCAAGUGACUGAUGGAUGAGAAGAAUGUAUGUUUCUUCGUUGUGAAUGAUCUUGUGGAUUGUAAGGGGAGGCUCAAGACCAUCGGCCUAGCCUUCAGACAUGAGAGAGCCCGUUUUUUUCAGUGACUGAAGACAUCUGAACAUUGUCCAGUAUUGUCUUGACUUCUAGACACAUUGGGGUGCGUGGCUGAAGACUAUUUCUAAACUGAAAUCAACAGUCUCCCCAGCUUCUAGUACUGCUUCAUGGUGAUUGUGUGGUUUGCAGCCUUGAUAUUUGUUCACGUGAUAUGUACUCAUGCCCUGGCAUUGAGCCACUCCCAUCUGGAAGAUCUUGUGAUGAAAAAUGCUUCGGCUGCUGUUUAACAUCAUGGACAUCUAAAAAUAUUAACCUAUCGGAUGCCUUUUAUUUUGUUAACCUGUUCCUAACUUCAUGUUUGGUCACUAUUUUAGUGGGAUUUUGUAUUGGCCCUGGGACCAAAGUACACCCAAACCUCACUUGAUGCCCAUCGUAAUGUCUUAAUUUUUAUCUUCAGUGCAAUUUUUAUUUUAAAAGAUCACUCUCUGUAGAUGUUUUUUUUUUUUUUACCUACAUGUUGUGUAGAGAAUGAUACACCGAACCUGAUAAAGAUGACAAGAGGAUUGAAUUAUAUACAUAUAUCAUUUUUCACCACUCUGAACUGAAGGGCUGUGGGGGAAAAACUGAGGUAAAUCAUCUUGCAGAGUUGUCAAUGCUGGCAGAUGGGGGUGGCCGGCAGUGUUAUGCACCAACGUUCUAGAAGUGCUUUGACUCAUUACCUGUUAUUUUCUUGUUGUAUAGCAGUAUCUGCUUGUCCUGUAGCAUUUCUGCAUUUGGGUGUGUCAAAAUCCUGUAAUUGGUGUCCAUUCAAAAAUUUGUUGUGUAGCCGUUUCAAAAGACCUAAAAUGUUGUUAAUUCUACAUAUCUGUACUGAUUUGUUGGGCAAGAAGCUGGGUGUUCAGAGCAUACCCGCUGUAUGACAAACAUUUGAAAUGGAAGCAGUGGAUGAGCACAAGGAGCUCUGUUUGAGUGUUCUGGUGGCUUAUACAUUCAAUACUGAAAUGUGUUUGACAUGAUAGAGAGAAUAUGUUGUCCCUGACUAACAAGCAGUUUGGUUGCGCCUGGGUUGUCAGGCCGCAGUUAUGCCACGCUAGCCAUUCCACAGGGCUUGACAUUCUCACUAUUGUUACAAAUUUGAGCAGCACUUUGCUGAGCAUGGUCCAUGCACCAUGGUUUGAUGUUCAGAAAUGUCUUUUAAUGCAUGACUUUGUUUUAUGUUUUGCUUUAAAUGUACAAAAGAUGUUCUAUAAAAUAAAGGUGCUGUUAAUGCCA